AUGAAAGAAGCCAUUAGUUUCAUAGAAAUUUGGGAUUUCAAUAAUGAGGCCUUUGCUGAGUUUGUGCCAAAUGUCCUAGGCACAUUGUCCCAGCUGGCGAUGAUGGAGGCUGACAUGCGGAACGCCAACGCAGCUAUGGCCGGCGAACUCUAUCCACUGGCACAGCAGAAGGCUACUACAGUGAUUCACGAAGGUCGUGACAUAGCUGGUUAG